GAAUUUCCCGAAUCGUCUACUUCGUGUGUUUGUGUUGACACACGUGAUCCCCCCUUGUUAUACCGUACAGGGCUACUGAGUGUAUUUCUAUAUUCAUUCCUCAUCUAGCCAUUUCAUAACGCUCUUCAUUUAUAAACGCGUAUCUAAUCCGUGAUUCACAUCUACACGCCAAGCCAUUCACUGUUGGGGCGUGUCUAAGAUUGGGUCGUGUUGAUUUUUUUAUUUAAUCUCCACUAAUCGCUAAUCUUACUGUACCGCAUUAAAACAGAUCUUAUUUAAGCUCCGUCGCACGAGAAAAAUAAAACUGGCGAAGUUGACACUUUGGUCAAAGCAACCAUCAUGGAUUCGUCGUCUGAAGUUAGGACCAGGAAGGUGUGGCCGUUGAAGGAGAUCAGAGAGUUGGUGGAGCAAGGUCACGCGAUUGUUAUCUCAGAGGGAUAUGUGUUAAAGCUGGAUGCAUGGCUUAACCGUCACCCCGGUGGUGCAAAGGUUAUUCUCCAUGUCGUGGGAAGAGAUGCUACCGUUGAAUUGGAUGCAUUUCAUAGUAAGGAGGUCAAGGCCCAAAUGGCCCGUUAUCGAAUCGGCAAAUUGGAAGAACCGUGGGUGAACAUUAUACCCCCAAUCCAAAGACAAUCGCUCCGGAUACCAGAAAAUGAGGUCGAAAAAGAACCUUCAACACCUAUCUCCGAGAUACCUUUGAUUGAUGUCACCGUCACCGAAAAUCUCUUAGCUGUCCCUUGCCAAGCAAAUCCGGAUAGCGAUGCUAGCUCCACUGCCUCUUCCGUAUUCGACGGCGAGGGCUUACGACUUCGAAAUCGAACAGAAGGAAGUUCCGUUGAUUCUGAAGAGAUUCCCGAUCUGGAAACCAAAAUGGACGCCACAGAAUUGGAGACUAGAUUUCAAGCCCUAAUUGCUAAAUUAGAAGACGAAGGCCUAUACGACAGCAAGCUCUCGGCGUACAUAACGGAAAUCCUGCGAUGUACGAUUUUAUUUUCUCUUUCGAUGGUUUUUCUUCGGAUAGAGUGGUAUGCUGCCAGUGCAGCAUUCCUCGGUAUGUUUUGGCAUCAAAUCGUCGCCACGGCACAUGACGCAGGUCAUUUGGCAGUCACCCACGAUUAUAAUAUCGAUUUCUUAAUCGGUGGUGUGGUUUUGAAUUUCUGUGGUGGCCUUUCGAUAGGCUGGUGGAAACGCAACCACAAUAUCCAUCACAUUGUUACGAAUUCACCAACUCAUGAUCAAGAUCUUCAAAUUCUACCUUUCAUCGCCAUCUCGCCGGUAUUUUUCGAUUCUUUGUACUCGACAGCUUCCGAGUGUAUCAUGCACUAUAAUUGGUUUGCCAAAUUCAUGGUUCCAAAACAAGCAUGGACAUACUAUUUCCUCCUCUCGGUCGCGCGUUUCAAUCUCUACUACCUCGCCUGGGACUUCAUCCUCCGCGAUCUCGGCACCAAACUGCACCGUAAACAACGAAUUUUCGAACUCGUCGGGCAAAUCUUCUUCUGGACUUGGUUUGGUUAUUUGAUCGUCUACCGCAGUAUCCCUACCAUCUCCCAACGCAUCAUUUUCUGUCUCAUCUGUCACAUGAUCACACUCCCAUUGCAUCUCCAAUUGACCGUCUCCCACUUCUCCAUGUCGACCGAAGAAUCGGAACCAAGCGAACAUUGGAUCCAACGCAUGUUCCGCACAACCAUGGAUGUAGAUUGCCCAACGUGGAUGGAUUGGUUCCACGGCGGUUUGCAAUUCCAAGUCACACAUCAUUUAUUCCCACGCAUGCCGAGACAUAAUUUACGUAAAGCAAGCGGAUACGUCAAGGAAUUCUGCGCAGAAACGGGGCUGAAAUAUGAGGUUUAUGGAUUUGGAGAGAGUAAUGGGAGGAUGUUGGAUAGACUUGCGGAGGUGGCUAGACAAGCUAGGUACUUGAAGGAUUGUCAAGAUAGUAUUGUGAGUAAGGGGGAAUAUUUGCAUGGGCACUGGGAUUGAGGAUGCUUUUGUUUGUUUGUUUAUGUGGGAUGUGAGCAUUGCAUUGCAUUGCGCUUUAUGGAUGCUACUUGAUGGCAUUUUUGCAUUUUAGGCGCGAAAAUGGGGAUUGCGGAUACGUAUGUCUUUGGGCGUUGGUAGAUUGUCAUAGAUUAUAGUAGUAUAUAACCAUAUAAUACAUAAUGUCA